UCAGAGGAAAAAAGGAUGGAAAAAAUCGAGCGAUGGUGACGUUUGUUUAGUGGUAAAAGUUUCGUAAAAAAGUUAAUUCAAGCGCAGUUUUAUAUCCGUAGAAGUGAGAAGUGAAUGCAAUAAUCACCGAAUAAAUAAAAUAACGCGUGCCUGCAGUGUGUUCUAGGUUCACAUUCAAACUGAUUUUUCCAAUCAUGAUGUACAAAUUAUGUGCUGUUCGUUCGUCAUUCGCUUCAAUGAAAAGCAAACGAUAAACCAAAAAUUAAUUUGCCGAGCUGCCUCCCUCCAGUGCUCACAUGGAGGAAAGUUUUCCAAUAACGCCCUUGAAACAGUGAAGCAAACAAGCAGGAGAAGCCUUAUUAGGAAGAAUAGCACGAGCAGUUUUCGGUUCCUUGCUCGUCCGCAGAUCAUCGUAAUCAUCGAAGCAGGUAUCCAGAAGAAGUGAUGUCGAUAACGGGAACAUAUGACCACUACCAUCGGAGCAGCGCUGGCUGCCCGGAGCGACCGGAACGAUGCGUUUGCUGUGUCCGGACAAUGAAAUGGCUUCCAGUGUUGUUCAUUGUUUCGGUCAUUGCCUGGUCCUACUAUGCUUUUGUGGUGGAGUUAUCGUUUUUCACUGUAACCAGCAUACUGCAGCGGAUAUUGUUCCUGCUAUUCUACCAUCUGAUACUGGUUAUGUUCCUAUGGUCCUACUAUCGGACCGUAUUCACCGACAUUGGUCGUGUUCCACCCAGGUUCCGCGUGCCCCGAGCGGAUUUGGACCGGCUAUUGCGUGCCUCAAGCGAAGAAGAGCAGAAGCAAAUUCUGGAAGUGUUCUCCAGGGAGCUACCGAUAGUGACCAGAACCCUGAACGCGUCGGUGCGCUUCUGUGAAAAAUGUCGCCUGAUCAAACCGGAUCGGGCCCACCACUGUAGCGUGUGUGGUGUGUGCGUGCUCAAGCUGGACCAUCACUGCCCCUGGGUGAACAACUGUAUCAACUUUACCAACUACAAGUUCUUCAUCCUGUUCCUUGGGUACGCUCUGGUCUACUGUCUGUACGUUGCCUUCACCACGGUUAUGUACAUGGAACUGAUCUGGAGUGUGAGUGGGCGAGAAGGCAAAAUCGACGGGCGGUUUCACAUACUCUUCCUGUUUUUCGUUUCUCUGAUGUUUGCCAUCAGUUUGGUUAGCUUGUUUGGUUACCAUUGCUAUCUGGUGCUGUUGAAUAGGACUACACUGGAAUCAUUUCGAACACCAAUCUUCCGGUACGGUGGACCGGACAAAAAUGGAUUUAGUCUAGGGAAGUUGAAUAAUUUCCAGGAAGUGUUUGGCGAUGAUCGACGGCUAUGGUUCGUGCCUGUCUACACAAGUUUGGGCGACGGGGUGUCCUACCCGGUUCGCAGCUACGACGAGGACGCCGAAUCGCUGCUCAGCGGUGAGCUGGCGAGCAAUCGUCAUCCGAUCAGCCACCGCAACGGGAGCCAUCAGCAGGCUCAGAGUCCAUCGUGCAGUGAUAAGCACGUGAUCGUGUCGGGCCUGGCCGAUAAUGAUGAGGAGGACGACGAUGAUAACGACUAUGAAACGACAAUCUUUAGUCAAUCCGCCAGCCUGUUGCGUUAACCGUUAACACAACUUCUAGGCUACAGUGAGCAAUAAAAGGAUUACGAUCCGAUGUGUGAUUCUUUCACUGUAAGUGGAAUAAUAAUGCGAGCUGGAUUGUGAAAAGGACGACAUGCAAUAUAUUUUUUUCUGACAAAGGUGAACGUUAGACUAGUUACAAUCAAUCAACAUUUGAUUUCAUUUUUUCGUUGAUUUAUCGGAUUCAAAGUUUUUUAUUUUGGCUUAAAAGCGCUGCAUUUGUUAGUAUGGCUUAUUGGUAGCUUUGAGAAUAUGUGUAACUUUGUGGCUGUGAUGCAGCCUAUAGUUCGGGUGGCUCUCGGGGGUGGUUGAAAUCUGGGACGGGACAUGCGAAGACGGUCUUCUUUUUCCCUCUCGGUUUUGUUGUUAUUUUGCAAGGAAAAGUUCGCUCACAAUAUAAUUUCAAGCAAAGGUCAAUGAUAGAGCUGUGCAGAUGAGGUACAGAGUUGUGCCGAUGAUGUACGGAAAAUGAUGUAGCUUUCACAUGACACAAAAUAAUGUUAUCAUUCAUAUGAAUAAUCUGAUUAUAGCUUCAUUAUCCGUAACUGUCAAGUAGUAGAGUUUUGUACCUAUUUUUAUCUAGAGACAUUAAUUUUUACCUAGAGCCGAAAAUUAAAUAACUGCUUACAAGAAUUUUGAAUUUGUCUUGUCAUAGACUAAUAGAUCGCAAUCGAUUGAUCAAUUUCACCGAUCUGAUAUAAACAGAGCAAUUGCAUAACCUUUCUGCUGAGAAAGUUAAACUAAUUUCUACGCACACAUUAUUUUCCACAAAUUUGAACGAGAGACGCAAUGUUUCGUAAGUUGUGCAUAUUAUUUUUGCUAUGGCAACCCAAAAUAAGAGGAAAAGAGGCUUCUAGUUCUAGAUUUUCUGUACUCCUUUCUGCGAGACAGGUUACUAUGAUUAUUUAACAGAACUUUGUUGGCUGUUUUUGAAUUGACAGAAGUGUGCUACCACGGCUCUCAGAAGCGAGGCUUGCUACUCCGCGAAUUCUGCGGUGACGUCAGAGAAAUCGUUGAGAUAAACAGACGGAUUUCUACACCCAGCCAAAUCAUGCACCGAAAUUCAUAAGAAAUAUCUUAUGAUGCAUAGAAAAAUAACAAAACUAUGUUUUCAUAAGAUGAUUAUGUAAAAAUAAGACUUUAUUGGGUAUUGCAUACGUUACUCGCUUGAGUUUCAUACGAGCAUCUUAUGAUUCACAUAAACAUAAGAGAAAUAUAUAAUUUUGCCAUAUGAAAAAUCGAAAAUGCGUUAUGGAAAAUUAAAUCAUAGCAAACCGAUUUGACGAAAUAAAGGCCGCUUCAUAAGAUAGUCUUAUGAUUUACAUACGUCCUGCUUGUGGCUAAAAAAUAUACGAAAUACUUAUGAAGUUCACUGUAUUUUUUGGCUGAGUGUAGAAAGUUGAUAAUUGAAAAUAUUUAAACUCUUACGGUAAAAAAACAAUGUGCAACGAAUUCUUGACGUAAUUUACGCCAUAAUUACACUAGACACCAGAGGUAAAAAUAAUCGAAGCUCUUAUUUGACGGCUGAAAAUGAACCUGUUGCGAUUCGCAUUGAAUAGAAAAAAAAUAUUCAUAUGCCUAUAAAGCAUAUGAAACAACAAUCAUCAUCGCUUACAUUGUGCCAGAGCCUACUUUGAUGCGUUUGAUUCGUUGCUGUACGGUCACUUCGUGUAAUAAUCGGAACCGAAUGAAAAAACGUGGAUGGAUGAAUGGUCGGUUUGUUCGUUUAACGUUUUCAGCUGCGUGCGGCUGAAUAUGAUCAAUUUUAAUUCAGUGAAUUUGAAUAUUUUAAACUCUGCUGGACACAGUAUAUAAUCAGUGCAGCCAUGUGAUUAGUAGCGAAAUUUGGGAAUUUGACUGCAUGUCAUAGAAAACAUAUCUAACCGUUAUUUCCUAUUCCCAGCAAAGGUUUUGGACAUCGGCAUAGCUUCCUUCCCUGGUAACAUUUGAAGUUUUAUGCUAGUUUUAUAGCCACUCAUAAAACAUAGAUUACCCUUGUAGCGUGCUAUAAAACUUUGAAUGCUGCUUGGGUUGUGAUCUAUCAGGUGCCGAUCAUUAGGUGGCAGCAAACAAAAUAUGAAUUUUAUUUAAUUAUUUUUAUUAUUAUUUAAUGAAUUAAAAAAUCAACAAAAGAAUAAAUUCAUAAAAUAUUCUACAAUUACUACUUUUUUUUUUCAAUUUGUUUAUUUGAUAAGGCACGUAUGCGUUAGCUUAAAGGUGCCAUUUUUUCAUUGUUUUACAUUUUGAAUUUCUUAAAACUAGGGGGAUACACAUUUCAAUAUUAUUUUGUUUUAUAUAAUAAAACUAAAAAAAAAAACUACAGCUAACUUAUACAUAUAAAAGAGGGUAUAAUAUAAUAUUCGUAAGAUUUGGGGGACGGGUCAUUUGUGUGUUCUUUGUAUAGUAAUUCACUUUAUGAUUUUUAGAAGGGAGAUUGUAGAAAAAAUAAUUAUUAACUAAGCGGAACAUUUUACAAGCUUAUUAACUAGAGAUAACUAGAAAGAGUGGUUCAAGAUUAAGGGGAAUUAAUUAGGACUAUUUUAAAGUAGUGGUACUGUUGCGCAUUUCUUAACGAGAUUAAAUAUUGUUCAACUAAAACUAGAUGAUAGGGGGGCACAUAAAUUUUGGGAAGAUAUUCAAGGGGAGAAGGGGGUGAAGUCAUACAUCUGUGUAUCAGAGACAUGGGAGGGUGGGUGGACAAGGCUGAAGGGGGGGGGGGGGGGGUGAGAUAUAAACUUUCAGUUUCCGGCAUCAGGAAUUAACGGCCAGGAUUACAGAUUCGAAUGGAUUGAUCAACUAACACUAGAAGAUAGGGGG